CUUAACAAUCGCGGAAAAGCUCACGGGUAAGCAGAGCUACGGAGUCGGCGCGAAAUGACAAUAAGAGUGGGGGGCAGUAACCUCCGGCACAGCGCGCGGGGAGGUUGUGUCGCUUCUAGGCCUAAACACAUCGCGACAUAUCGAAACUAUGAAAUGAUUCGAGCCUUUUUAAAGAAAUAAAGUUCUUACGAGUGCUUUUAUAGUGACAAUGGGAUAUGAUACCGUAAAUAACUAUGCUUAAGUGUCAAUACGAAGUGCGUGGUGACGGUAAUCAGUAUGGUCGCGGGUGCAAUUAAAGCAGAUAAACGAACAUGCAACCAGUUCGGGAUCGUGCUUUUGUAUCUUUUACUCGUGUUUCCUUGUGUUACAAAUGCCCAAAGCCGAGCCCCGCGGAUCAAGGAGCACCCGGCGGACACGAUUGUGGGCCGCAGCGAGCCCGCGACGCUGCGGUGCGUGGCCGAGGGCAAGCCUAAACCGACCAUCCAGUGGUACAAGGAUGGUGUGCCGCUCGCGCCCACGGACCACCCUCACAGAGUUUUGCUUGAAGACGGACUACUGUUUCUUAGGGUUAUGCGGGGCAAAAAGGAAAACGACGAGGGCGUGUACUGGUGUAUGGCUCGGAACUCCGCUGGGGAGGCGGUCAGCAAGAACGCUACACUUACAAUAGCUGUCCUACGCGAUGACUUCAGAAUAGAACCCCGAGACGUGAAAGUGGCGGGAGGUGAGCCAGCACUGCUGGAGUGCCUGGCGCCCAGGGGCGCGCCGGAACCGUCUGUGCACUGGACCAAAGAUGGCCACGUGGUCGAUGUAGAUGUUAAUGGCAGAAUAUCGUUACUAGACGGGAGUAAUCUUAAGAUCCUGGAAAGUCUUCCAUCAGAUAGUGGCGUGUACCGGUGUGUCGCGUCGAACGUGGCGGGCGAACGCCAGUCGCGGCCCGCGACUUUACUCGUAUUACGCAGGCCGCAUUUUCUAGUGAAACCCAAUAACGUAACGGCGCUGAUAGGCCAGAACAUUGAAUUCCAUUGUCAAGCAUCUCCAGAAUCCGACGUGUCAGUGACUUGGUCGCGAAACAGCGGAUCAUUAUCGCCAUAUGCUAUAGUCCGCCGAGGAUCGUUGAGGAUAGACAGGGUCGUGUCAUCAGACGGAGGCACCUAUACAUGCCGAGCGGAGAGCCAGGCUGGGUCCAGCAGCGCUAGUGCCAUACUUACUGUACAUUCCCUACCUCAUUUCACUCGAGUGCCUUCCGAUCAAACUGCGUGGGAAGGAGAAGAGGUUUCUUUUUCAUGUGAGGCUGAAGGUACCCCAAAACCCUUAAUUUUUUGGACAAUGGAAGGAUCUCAGGAGUUGGUGUUCCCAAAAGCUAGUCAUGGUUCUGGCACGUUGUAUUUAGAUAAAGUGUUGAUUCGACAUGCCGGUAGACUAACUUGCGUAGCCGUCAGUGAGGCAGGGAGUUCCUUACAUACUGCCACUUUGCAGGUAUUAAGAAGAGAAGCAAACUAUAAACAUACAGAAUUGAGUAAACCACAAAACCACCCACCGAUGACGCAGUACGAGUUAGUUCAAGCACGUCGGUACUUACAACAAGAUGUUCUUACUUUGAGACGAGUUGAAGGAAUAUCCGCUAAUACGUUGAAAAUUGUUUGGGAAGUUAUGACUGAUUACAACGAAUAUUUAGAAGGAGUUAAAAUCUGGUUCAACGGAACAUCUUUAAAUCAACAGCAUUUUAUGGAGUUACAAAAUCCAACGUCAAACACAACUACAAACAAUGUUAUACGGUCGAAAUACGGAAAUUUUUCAAUGACAACAGUCCAUAACAGCGGAUCAUCUAGCCAUGUUUUAACUGGAUUAAUGCCUUACUCUCAAUACGAUGUAUUCAUAAUGCCAUUUUACAAACUGUUGCUGGGCAAACCUUCAAAUUUGAAAAGUGGCUUCACCGAUGAAGACGUGCCGUCAGCGCCGCCGCAGAGCGUUACUGCGGGAGUGAUUAAUGCUACGUCUGCUUGGAUUCGCUGGGAUCCACCUCCACCGCAUACUUGGAAUGGUGAACUGUCGGGAUACCUAAUUGAGGUGCGCGUUGGAGGUAGUGCCGGAGGUCGCGUGGUGGGUCAGAUGUCACUUGGUGCGCGCACGCGUGCGGCUGCAGCCAGCUCGCUGCGAGCGGGCGGGCGGUACAGCGCACGCGCCGCUGCGGUCACGCGCCGCGGCCACGGGCCUUUCAGCGCGCCCGCCCAUCUACAUAUGUUACCAACGCAUACUCAACGACAAUACGUCCAAACGGAACCGGCGAAAGACAAAGCAAUAUUGUCGAUGUUCCAAGAAACUUGGCUGCUGACGCUCUGUUUAACUUUAUUAGUGCUAAUCCUGGCUACUGCCGGGACUGUUGCUUAUAUUAUGAGUCGUCAUUCAAAGCAAAGGAAAAGUCAAAACUCUACUGCUCUACUUCCAGGAAGCGCCAUAACUAACGCUCAACAGUGUCUGUUAGGUAAAGAAGCUGUAUGGCUUCGAGAAAGACCACUAUUUGAAGGCUCAAAUGAACCAAGAAUAGAGAUUUUAAACUGCCAUCAAAGCUUACUUCAUGGUGGCAGAUCGACGGGUACUAUGACAAUGGAAGCUGAAUAUACUCUCCCACAACAGCAAAAUAAUAUUAGCAUGAUGCCUCACGAAGAACAAAGAAGAGUCCCACCAGAACCGUAUGCAUCGAGUGCUAUUUAUACAGAACUAAACUACCCUGUUCACACCGACGCAGAAGAUUCAUGUAUGAAAUGUGCAGUAAGUCCGGGAUCCUAUGAUAACAGCAUGGCCAGGUCAUUUGCAGAAAGCAAUCAAUUUUCCAACGAAGAGUGCUCCACAUGUUGUCGAAGUAGUAGUUCGACUUUGACAAAGGACUACAGCGAGAUGACUAAAUGUGGAAACGAUGUUGAUGAAAUGCAAGAUAUGUCCAUAGAUGACUGCCCGUCAUGUAAGACACAUCAUUCUAGAUCCUCCAGUCAUCACGAUGAAAAUAAAGAAUGGGCUAUGGCAGAAGUAGAAUAUGAUUAUCCUCAAUGGCAUUGGCUGGGAAAAGAGAACAGUUUUCGGAGCAAUGGUGAAGGUCCGAGAUACACUACAGAAGCUAGAAACGAUCAAAAUUGUAGGAUGAAUCUUUGUGAUAUCCUUCCUCCACCGCCAUAUGAAAGAGAGUCUCCUUAUCGAGAAGUGCACGCGUUUACCAAUCACUCAGGGGCAUCAGGUUGUUCAGGACAUACGUAUCGAAGCUAAUUUUGGUUAAGUAUUUAUUAUACUGUUAACAAAAUAUCACUAGAAACGUAACUCAAGCAAUACUAAUUUAUAGAGAAAUGUACAUAAUAAUUUGUACGAAAUAUUCUGCAUAUGGGUUGAAAUCAAGAAGUUGAAUAUAUGAUUUGAUUGAAGAAACCACGUCUCCAAUAGCAAUAAAUUUAGCAACCGGU